UGGGAAAGCUGGAUGGAGGGAUGUGUGUGGUGCCGGUGAUGGUGAUGAAACAAUGAGCUGAUUGGCUGCAGUUUGGGCACGCUGCUCCAGGAAGACAAUAUGGUUGUCAGUGGCUGGCUUCUCGUCCUGGAAGCGCUGAAGUUGGAGCCAGCCUUUGCUUAGCAGGUCAAGAAGCUGCCAAGUGCAAAAUUGCAUAAAUGAAUCUGUGCAACAGAUAUUUUUAAACAAGUGCUGAAUGGUUGAUUCAGGAUCAAAUGCUGGAACAAUGUCGUCAAAUGCUCUUUUUAUGAACUCGGCAAAGAAACGAAACAGCUCUGUUAUUUAUAGCGUGGAAAGGUUGCCACCAGAAAAACCAGUUUCAAGCUUUUCAGGGUUUUCAAACCGAGGUAAAAAGAACAUAAACCAUGACUGUGAAGGAUUUCCACCAAAUAAACGUCACAAAGCAGAACAAGACACAAGAACAAAUGAAGAUCCUUUUGGAGAUAAUGAAGACUUCACUGCUGAUGAUUUGGAGGAACUAGAUAUUCUAGCCUCACAAGUUUUAAGUCAGGAUGUGAAACCUGUGUCCAAUGCUAUGAAAGCAUCAGUGAGCAAUUUUAAUAACAGCGAAUCAUCAGUACUGAAAAAUGACACAAAUACAAAACUUGCUGCUUUGUCAACGGGAUCAUUAAGCAAUGUAAAUGCAGUAAAGGAACUUCAUGGGAAUGGUCUCAUUCAAAGUAACAAUACUGAUUCAUUUGGAUUUGAGGUUCUUCAAGAGCAGCACGAGAAGCUGAGACAACAGUUUAAUGAACUGCAAGAAGAACUGCAGGUUAAGAAUGGUGAAAUCCGAGUUUUGCGAGAUUCUUUACGGCAUGUGGAAUCUGAAUUUGACCAGCAGAAAAGACAAUAUCUACUUAGUGAAAAGGAGAAAACAGAAGCACAAGGUCAGAGAGAAAAGGAGCUCUCCAAAAAGGUACAAUCACUGCAGUCUGAACUGCAGUUUAAAGAAGCAGAGAUGAAUGAAUUCCGGACAAAACUCAAAAACUGUGAAAGAAUGGCCAAGUCUGCAACCCUGAGUGUUGCUAAAAUCAGCCCUAGGAAAAUUUCAUCUGCAUCCAUAAAACCUGAAAGCAGUGCUUCCCCUCAGAUUGCAAAGAAUUAUUUUCCUGACAAAAAGACAUUUGCUGCAGAGAUGUCUGCUGUACAUUCUGUUUGUUUUGCUCCAGCAGCUGACCAGCUCUUAGCUGAUAAGGAAGACACAAGGGAUUUAAAAGAGUUACACAUUGCCAGGAGGGAAAUGCCUAAACAAAGUCCCUCACUUAAUUCCAUUCAGGGAAAAUUCUCUCACAACAGACAAUCCGAAGGUUCAGUUGUGCCACAUUCCAUUUGUACUGGUGAGAGGAGACAAAUAACCUGGUCCAAAGCUGACCUUCAAAUGGCUACUAGAAAUUGUAGAGGCACGGUCGAAGGUGCUGUACUGAUGACCAUAUUGCUUAGCCAACCAGUUGGUCCUGGGACUUUGGGGUUGAACCAUCUUCUCAACAGCAAUUCUGAAACUUUUUCUGGCUUGGCCCACCAGCAUAGUUGCCUGAACAUUGGAUCUUCAUCAACUGGGGAAUCUUCUGAAGUCGGAAUAAAAGGAUCCCUUUCAAGUCUAAGUGACCUUCAACACUUAGCUAUGUGUGGCAUUAACAUGCUCAUCUUGGAGCAGGAAUCAUCAGAAAAAGACUUGGACACAACAAAAAUUUCUCUCCAAUUGAGAAGUCAAAAUGAUUUGCCUGGUGCAGUUCACCUUUUACCACUAAUAGAGUAUUACCUUGGCAUUUACUGUCAAGCUUUGCAGACUGAAAAAGCAGGAAGAAGCCCUUCGGGAAGCAGAAAUUGCUGCCCCUCCAGUUCUGGAGAAUCUACUGCCUCAAAUGUGGAUGAUUGUUUUAACAAUUUGGAAGACUUUGCACUUGCAGCACUUAGUGUUUUAUAUCACCUUAUAUCAUAUAGUCAAAAGGUUAGAAAGUCCUUGUUGGCUCCUACCUCCAAUCGUAGCAUUGAAGAUGGCACUGUUUUCACAAGACAAUUACGUAACAAAAAUGAAACACUGACCAGGCAUGAAAAUGAAGUGGAAGCAGAACCAUCAGAGCUUCAAAAGGAGCACGUAAAACUGCAGGAAUUGGUUGUUUUAGAGCAACCUCAGCAUCACUUGUUCAACAAGUUGCUGCAGCUUUCUGAUCCUAUGGUUAUAAGCAUCUCUCAUCGAAGAGAAAAUCUCCAGAAUCAAAGCCUGAAAGUUUUAGGAAAGGUUGCUGAAAGUGCUACAGCUGACCUGUACAGGUUUCACCAGUUAUUAAGCAGCCAAGUGCUGCUGCGAUGCCUGUCACCAGAUUCUUCAUGCUCCAUUGUCCAACUUGUUGUUCAGCUCCUGGCAAAUCUUACAGAUCAUGUGGAACUGGCCUCGAAGUUCUGCUCACAGUCAGCCUCAUGCCUGUUUCUUAACCUAUAUACAUAUACUUCCUCCAGACCUGACAGCACUGCUGCAGAUAGAGUAUGGCUCCAGCUUGAACAAGAGGUUGUUCGAUUCCUCACCAAAUUUGGUUUGUCCCAUUCUGGUGCCAGCGCUGUGUUGGUAGAAUCAGACUGUCCAUGCAAUACUGAGGUCUUGAAGACUUUAGUAGUCAUGUUACAUCGACAGUGGCUUACUGUUCGAAUAUCCCAACAAAAUCUUCCUUCACCGAAUAAUGAAGCUGUGGUGCAGUUCCUGAGAGAAACUGUUUUGCUGCUGUACAGCCUUUCACAGAGGGACAAAAAUUUUACAGACCACUGUUUAGAUGUGCUACACCUAUAUGAUCAAGUUAUGCAUGGAAUCAAAGCUAUUUUUAAAAAAAUACCAGAUCUAGAAGAAAGUGAAGAACUAGCUUUGGAAGAGCUUUGUUCCCACGAGCCAGAUGUCGAAUAUCAGGAACUAGAAACUGAUGGACCUUAAAGCACCAUACACAGGAUUGAAGAAACUUCAUCAGUUUCAUGUAUUUGUGCAAAAUACUGAUGACGACAUACUUGAAUGCAUCCACUUGUAGUCUGAUUUAACUGAGCUGAUCUUCUUAAGUUAUUUUCACUGCAAAAUUAAAUGUCAGGAAAAUAAUAAUGAAUUGGUUUUAAAGGACUGGUUUGAAGGGUUUCAUUGAUGAAAUAGAUGAAACUAUUUGUCUUUGUUUCACCAGUUGAAGCAAGAAUGAAAAGUUUAGUGGUUAGUAACUGCAUCCACAUAUCUCACAGCUAUCACUGUCAUUAACAGUCAUUAAAUGUCACCUUUUGCCGUUUUAAAAUGUGAAUAUAUAACUACUUUUUAUACACUUACAGUAGAAUUUAUUGUUUAUUAACAGUGGGCUAUGUAACCCAAGAGUGCAACAAGAGAAAUACAUGUCAAGGGGUUUAUUUUUUGGUAAACUGCUGAACCUCAGCUGGAUAUCUGUUCCAUAUGCAUUUUUUAAACGUUUAAAAAUUCGCACAAGUAUGCAUUUUUGUUUGCGUUUAUUAUCACGGAAACAGAGGUAUUGGAAUGCAAUAUUUUCAGAUUCCAUGAUGCAAUGCUCUGCAGGCUGAGUUCAGAAUACUUAACAGCAUAUAACAAAAAUGGCAAAUGUUCAAAACAUUCAGCGAGUCAGGCAGCAUCUGUGGAGAAAGGAAAUAAGUCACUAUUUCAGGCCUUGGGCAGAAGUGAAGUGUCAAUUUUUUUUUACUAUCUCCACAGUUAUUGUCUGAUCGGAGUGUUUCCAGCAUUUUCUGCUUUUCUUUCAGACUUAUAGCAUCUGUGGCUUUUGUAUAUCUGUGUGUUGAAUGAAUGUGGCAAGUUAUAAUUUCAUCAAUGGCUUGGGUGGCCAGGUCCAAAGAAGUUUGAAAAUGAAAUAUUGUCGAUUGAAUGUCCAUUCUUCUGGAAUAAAAAUACUUAAUUUGUAGGUCUGUUCAGAUUGAUAACUGAAUUAAUGUUUUUGUGCUGGCCAAAUAUUGGGGAUCACUGCAACUUCAGAUGUAAAAUAUUUUCUGAACUAUUUGUACAGUUUUGUUUUCUUUGCAAUAAAUGUAAAAUUCUAAACAUUU